UGUGGCGGCUCACAGUCAACAGAAUCUGAUGACCGUGGCCAACCUGGGUGUGGUGUUUGGCCCCACAUUAAUGCGACCACAGGAGGAGACUGUCGCUGCCAUCAUGGAUCUUAAGUUCCAGAAUAUUGUGGUGGAGAUCCUCAUUGAACAACAUGAAAAGAUCUUUGCAGAUGCUCCCGAGUCAUGCCCUCUUUCACCUGCUGCCCCAGUAUUCUCUGCUACCACAAGGCAGUCCAAGAAGCUGAAUCGACAGAAUCGGCCCCUGGCUGUCUACAAUCCACAAGCCCUUGAUAUUCAGAAUGUGUCAGCAGUGGGCGAUAGUUCCAGCCUAGCUACAGAUGAGACAUCAAUGGGCAGCAAUGAGUCUGUAUCAUCCCAGUCAUCUUCAGCGUCGGCCUCAGAGACAUCUACAGAGAGGAGCGACCAUGCCCCACUUAACACCACGCUCUGUUCAGGCAGCAACUCCAAGGCCCCCAUAGCAGGAGCCUCAUGGUCCACUCCUGGAGCGCCAGGAGAGAGCCAACCUGCUGCCACCACGGCUUCUUCUGAAAAAGAAAAUCCAGGGGAGAGAAAGAAUAUGAAAUAUUUAUCAGGGCAUCGUGUGUUGAAGGCACAACUUCUACAUGGUAAUGUUGCUGGCAUUCGAGAUAACGGUUUGCAAUGUGUCACCAGCAGGAAAGCCAUGGCAGUGUACCCAUGUGAGGCUGAGCACGACUCAGAGCUCUCCUUCCAGGUCGGUGCAAUAUUCAACGCCGUGACCCUGUCGAGAGAGCCGGGCUGGCUGGAGGGCGAGCUGGAAGGAAAGAGGGGCCUCAUCCCUGAAAACUAUGUGGAGAUGCUGUAGCCCCAAAUGAAAAAAAUUUCCGACAGGAAAAAUAUGCAAAGAUGGAUGUGCCUCAACUCUGACAUUCACAGUAGAGCCUUGUUUAUCCAAAUCCCUGAAUUCUGUCAAGCAGGUGACAAUAUGUUUGAUGCAUGUGCAAGCAUGUUUCUUAGUUUGAAUUUACUUUGGUCAGAAAUCCACAUGACUUUCAGCGUUGUAAUGAGUUUGCACUUAUAUUCUGCUGUUCACAAAGAUGCUGUAGCUUCUAAACAUGCAGGUAGCUUUGUUAGCAGCAGCACCAGAGAACGAGCGCCUCUCGGUUAAAGGCCUCACUGUCUCCCCCAGUUAUACAUGGUAUCCAUGAGCUCCCAAGUCAAAGAAUGGUCCUCAGAAGGUGUAGGGAUCAAGGAAGGUCAUAACUCAAAUCACUGUAGUCCAUUUUCGUUAAGAUGUCCUGCAGCUUUAGACCGUCUUGACAAUGACGCACAGCUGGUUUUCAGCUUUUAAAAGAUUAGAGACACUGUCCCUACCAUGCCUUAACCUUCAGAACACCCAGUGUAAAUGUAUGUACGGGUAAUGUGAAAAUGAUUUGGCAAGUUACUUCUUUACCUUUUAAAAUGUUGCAUAUUUCAUCCAUUUUAAGAAUAUAUUUGGAUAUUCAAAAUAAGGCACAUGACUAUUGUAACUUUAUUUUAUUUAAUUGGCACAAUCAUUGCAUGACUUUUGAAUUUUAAAUACACUCUGUGCUGUUUUGUUGUUAAUGCACUCCACAGAAACGCAGUGAAACGCCUCUUUGAUGCAUGAUUGAACUUCUUGUGUUUAACACUAGCAUCAGACCAAGUCAGCAAGGUAACUUUAAAUAGUUAAUGAUUGAAACCAAGUGUUGUCCCUGUCAAAUUAUCUGUUCUGUUUGUUUUUGAAGUGUAUUUUUAACGCUGUUCAGUUUUCCUCUGAGCAGAGAAAUGAGACACUGCCACAAAGUUGAAAUUUUAGUUUAUCGUUAUUUUAACUUUCAACUUCAGUGGAAUAAGUGAUUAGAAAUCAAAGCUUUUUAUCAAUAAGACUAAAGAAUGCAGUAUUUCAAUGUUUUACAUCCAUUCAACGUCUAAUUAUUGAAAGAGCUAUGACUGCCAAGUAUGUUUUACAAGUCUCUGUUAAGUGAUGGACAGGUUUGAAGUUUUUGGUUUUAGAUUGUACACACAUGUCCUAUUACAAUUCAUCCCUCAGCUGUUCAACAAGACACUUUAAUUUGUCUGAGAGCUUUGGUCCAGCAGACUGUGUUUUCAAUUGCAAUAAUUUAAGACACUGAUUUAUGACGUUUGUAAAGGGCCUUGACUUCUUUCAUUUUUAUACCUUUGGGUAUCUUCUUGAUCAAUGUUAAACAAAUAAAGAUUUUUUUGCUCUUUA